CGAGGCUGGAAGGAAUGACGCUGGGAUAGGGAGCUGAGAAUUUUUUUUUAAAAGGACACCAUUUAUUCUGUCCGAGCAUCCGUUAUGGAGAAAUAUUGGUAUCCAUGGAAAGUGCAAGACCCCUAAGAGUCAGAGGGCUUCAGGCUUCAGCAGAGAAACCAGAAGAGUUCUCAGAAUCCAGAGAGAGCGGGGACAACAUGAGGCUACCUAAACGCUUGGGAGCACACAGACGUGUGUUGGUAUGCGGCGGCAUUUUAGGUUUUCUGGUGCUGGCCAUGGUUUCUCUGGCGCAGUUAGGGACAGAGAAAAGCUCACCCGUGGAGUGGCACGUGGACACCGCACAUAAAAAGCGAGUGCAUGAACACGUACGCAGAGUUCUGACGGGUCAGUGUCAUCCAGGCAGCACCAGGCAGAGUCUUGUGGCUCGACUCCCUACCUCAAGUCACCUGACUCAGCCUUUCCUGUGGAAGGACGUGCCACUUACUGAUGACCUCUUUCAGUACCCGCCCCCCUUUGGCUUCAAAGGUCUGCAGGGCAAAGUAGAGAACCUGCUCAAGCAGCUGCCGGACUCUAACUCUGCGGCCCAAAUGGAAAAAUCAAAAGAAUGUCGACGCUGUGUGGUGAUGGGAAAUGGAGGCAUUCUCAAAGGCCUGGAGCUGGGCCAGCUGAUCGAUAAAUUUGACAUUAUCAUAAGGUUAAACAGCGGUCCUCUGGGAGAGUUCAGUGUUGAUGUUGGGAACAGGACCAGCAUCAGGAUGAGUUACCCAGAGGGAACGCCGCUCCAAUGGGUCGACACAGACCCACAGACUCUGUUCGUAGCCGUGGUGCAUAAAGGCGGAGACAUCAGCUGGACGUCAGCUAUGAUCAACAAGCACAACACUGUGCCUCUGUGGGACAGGUUGUUCUUCUGGCAGAAGGUUCCCGAUCAAAUCCCUCUCGAGCCUGAAAGAUUCAGACUCCUCAAUCCGCACGUCAUCAGAGAGACAGCACUGGACCUCCUGAAAUACCUUCCACCAACACAACGCCUGCUCGGCUGGGACAAGAAUGUGCCGACCCUGGGCGUCUCCGCACUGAAUCUAGCCAGUCUGCUGUGCGACGAGGUCAGCCUGGCAGGCUUCGGCUACAACCUCUCCCAGCAGGGGGCGCCUCUGCACUAUUACGACCACCUGACCAUGAGCGCCAUGUGGCGUCAGAAAAUGCACGAUGUGGACAGAGAGACCCAGCUCCUGCAAAACCUCGUCAAAGACGGAACCAUCAGUGACCUGACGGGAGGGAUUCACUGUUCCUUCUGCCACAGCUGACCUCCACACAACUCCACCCACAUUUAACCAUAAAGUACUUGCAUUUUCUUUGCUGUACAGUGCUGCCUAAGGACUGAACAGACACCGUACACAAAACUGAUGUUACACAUGCUUCCUGAGAGCAAAGGACUACUAGCAUGUGAUAUAAAAAGAUGACAGAAAGAAACUUGAAGCAAAGACUGAAAAAAAAAAAGUAAUAUUUGUAAGACUUGCCACAAAGUGCUUCUUUUCAGGACACAAAAGCAGAACGCAAACCUUGUAGUCUCUCAGUAUUGAAGUCGUCCUGUUAUAACAGCAGUUAUUCAACCUCACCUCUGGACUCUGCAACCAACCAAUGAAAUGCUUUUCUCAUUCCUCUGUAAACUGUAAUCUUGAAUUAUUGUAAUCCAUAUUAGCACUGCAGACAUGUUUUACUCCAGAUAGCCAUCAUGUUGCAGCUAUUUCAAAUAUCAACAAGUAGUCUGGACCCCAAACAGCAACUCUAGUUGACUAAAACAUGGACAGCUCACCCACGUGUGAAUAUAGGGGCUGCUUCAGUCUCUAGUACAGUAUUGUCUUACUGGAUAUAAACUGACAAGCUAAAGGACAGAGCCUUCGAUCAACAUGAUUUCAAGAAUACUAUUUAUUUAUUUAUUCGUAACACUGGAACAAACAGAUUUGUAUGGAAAGUCCGAGAUGCCUUGUGAAACGGUUUUGGAGCAAGCUUCAAAAUAUGUGAAGCGUAUUAAAGUAUAAUUCUAUGUAUAAAAGAUGUUUGUUUGUGUUAUGCCUGCAGGAUAUUGUAUUGAUAUGGACUACAGUAUUUAUCAGCAGGUCUAUAUUAUUUCCUCACAGUUUUAUAAUAACUUUUUAGUUCUGUCUGUGGUUUUAGUUGUAGCAUUUUUAUGCUGAUUCAGAAAAUUCCAUUUGAAAAAAAACUAAACUAAACAGUAUCCGCACCAUUUCAUUCUUGGCUGGUCUGGGAACCAUAAUGCACCAUAAUGAACCGAUGACCAAUGUUAUUUAUGAAUUGUGCAUUCUUGUUUUUUUAAUGUCUAAUUUUCAUUGUCAGUGAUGUAGUUCAUAACAUUUCCCCCCACACAUAAACUGGUGUGUGGUUACUUUGGAAAUAAUAUUCAUGUUCUUUUUUUGAGUGGAAGCUAUAUGUUAUAUGGAAAUUAUAUUUCAUCUAUUUCCAGUUGUUAAAACCUAUUGUUCUUCCAUUGACCUUCAUUUCCAGGAAUGUAGUCAGUUCUUGUGUGUUUUCAUUCAAACUGACAUCAAGCUAAAGGAAAACAAAGCCAAUGUGAAGAUGAAUUCCUGUCAUAUACUCAGUUCAAGGUUAAGUUCUCAGAUGGAGUAUUCCUGUUUUAACUGGAAACAUUUGUUUGUCUGUGUGAAUAAAGACAUUAAUGCAACUUUCUUAAUUAAUCACAUGAUGUGUUUAAGAACAUCACAGAGGCUUAAGAGACGUUAUUGUUGUCAUGAAGUUUCCUUUUCCACCACGUCUUAUCAGUCUUAAGUUAUUGCACUGGAUCUCAUUAUAAAUGGA